CGGCCGGACUACAUCUCCCUCCCGCCCGUGCGCUGUCGCGAGGCCGCCCGGCGCGAGGCUUUCGCGAGCGGAGAGUCUCCAAGAUGGCCGCGUGGGGAAGGAGGCGUCUCGGCCCGGGCGGCGGCGGCCCCGCGCGAGAGAGGCUGAGCUUGGCGGCCACGGACUGUUACAUCGUGCACGAGAUCUACAGCGGCGAGAACGCGCAGGACCAGUUCGAGUGCGAGCUGGAGCAGGCCCUGGAGGCCCAGUACAAGUACAUCGUGAUCGAGCCCACGCGCAUCGGCGACGAGACGGCCCGCUGGAUCACCGUGGGCAACUGCCUGCACAAGACCACCGUGCUGGCGGGCACCGCCUGCCUCUUCACGCCGCUGGCGCUGCCCCUGGAUUACUCGCACUACGUCUCCCUGCCCGCGGGCGUGCUGAGCCUGGCCUGCUGCACCCUCUACGGCAUCUCCUGGCAGUUCGACCCCUGCUGCAAGUACCAGGUGGAGUACGACGCCUACAAACUGUCGCGCCUGCCCCUGCACACGCUCACCUCCUCCACGCCGGUGGUGCUGGUCCGCAAGGACGACCUGCACAGGAAGAGACUGCACAACACGAUAGCGCUGGCGGCCCUGGUGUACUGUGUCAAGAAGGUGUACGAGCUCUGCGCCGUGUGAGCCGGGAGGCGGCCGGCCGCACGCUUGUCAGCUGAGCGGAAGGACACAUCACCGCGGCGCCGGGGCGCUCCGGCUCAGCCCACGAAGACGCGGGCCCCGCGACCCCGGGGUCGGCGGGGCGGGUUUCCGACGGGGCGGCAGGAUGUGGUGGGAGCAGCGCUGCGGGGGGGUGGCCGCGCUCGGGGGUCCUUGAGCACAUCCAGUAACUGUACCAUCCGGAGCCACCCGGAGCUGCUGACCAUUAAAGUGAUGAGGAUUUCCA